CCUUCGCCCCCCGCCCUUCGUUCUCCCAAACUUAGGGUUUCGUUUCCUUCGAAUUCUCUUAUUAGUAGUGCUCUUCGAUCCCCGAAAUCGCGCGGCCGACCUACUCCUUCGUAUCCAUGAAACACUAGAUGGAAUCAGGUGAGGAGGACUGCGGGAAUUCCCCCCGGGGGUGAUGGAGAUGGAGAACUCCCGCAGAUCCGCCAUGGACCGCUCCCGAGAACCGGGCUUGAAGCGGCCUCGGCUGGCGGCAGCGAACGCCGCGGACCGGGGCCGCGUCGCCUCCAACCGGGACCGGACGCUUCCUCCGCUGAGGACCGGGGGGCAGACGUUGGCUCCUAGGGCAGGGGAGAGGCAAGAGAGAGACGACGUCGUGAGAAGAGGGUCGCAUCAGGAACUUGUGGCGCAGUACAAGACGGCGCUCGCCGAGCUAACAUUCAAUUCCAAGCCCAUCAUCACUAAUCUGACCAUUAUCGCGGGAGAGAGCCUUCACGCCGCCAAGGAAAUUGCCGCUCUUAUCUGCGCCAAUGUCCUUGAGGCACCCAGUGGACAGAAGUUGCCAUCGUUGUAUCUGCUAGAUAGUAUCGUGAAGAAUAUCGGGAAAGAUUAUAUUAAAUAUUUUGCUGCAAGGCUACCUGAGGUCUUCUGUAAGGCCUUCAAACAGGUUGAAUCUUCUAUUCAUCCUAGUAUGAAACAUCUGUUUGGGACAUGGAAAGGAGUUUUUCCAUUGGCCCCUCUUCAGAUAAUUGAAAAAGAGCUAGGCUUCCCACCGGUCAUCAAUGGUUCAUCUGGAUCAGCAUCAUCAAAACUUGAUUCCCAACCACAACGUCCAGCUCACAGCAUUCAUGUGAAUCCAAAAUACUUGGAGGCGAGGCAGCGCCUUCAACAAUCACCUAGGAAUAUGCAACAGCCACAGAAGGAAUUAGUAAACAAUGUUAUAUGUGAGAAAAAAGGACUUAAAGAUGUUAGAGAUCAUGUAUAUGCUUCCGAUAUUUCACGAGAGUCAGACCCUGGCAUAGGAAGAGUCAGUGAAAGGCUUAAGGACCGAGAUGAACAUGACAAAACAUAUUAUGGUGCUGGUAUGGCUGCUACUGAAGCACAGCUUAAUAGAAGGAAAGGAUUCGAUGUUAAUCAUUCUAAUGGAAGCAAUCAAGUAUCUGGAUCUGCAAAUGCUAGUGCUCAGCUAACUUCAGUUGACUUGGUUGAUACAGAUAGAAGCAAAUUAGAAGCAUCUAGGAGCUGGAAGAUCUCUGAGGAGGAAGAGUAUCUGUGGGAUGAAAUGAAAACAAGAAAAACAGAUUAUGGAGGUAUCAACUACUUGCAAAAAGUUGGGUGGAAUAAUAAUAAAGCUGAUAAGACUGCCAGCCUUGGAAGAGGUAAAUGGAUCCCUCUGGAGUCUGGGCAUGUAGAGUCCAAUGUGAACAAAGUUGAUGCCUUCUCUCAAUUAGUGAAGACUGCUAAAGGAGAAGGCAGAGUGCUGGCAUAUGAGAGCCUUGGUGAUUAUCUUCCACCACUUCAUGCCAAGCAGGACACUGAUUUGGGAUUCAGUAUGGAGGCUUCUUCGAAUUCACUAUUGCAGCAAAGGGCUUCAUCUGAAAAUCAUUCCUCAUCCUUCUGGCCCUCCCAUGAGGCGUCACAAUCAGUGGUUGGAUCAAAUUAUAAAGGCUCAAGUGUUGGUCAACUGAAAGAACAAUCCAUUUCUUUCAGUGGUGGUUCAUCUACAAGCACUAGUUCUUCUUUGCCUCUUCCAGGGCUGAGAUCCUCCGUCCUUUCUUCGAAUUUGAGCUCUUAUGUUCAUAUCCCAGGUUCAAGUGGAACUUCUGGACAGCAAAGGCCACAACCUUUACGACCUCCAUCACUGUCUUCUCAGUUACCUCCAUCUUCAGUGCACAUUCAACAAGGGAAGCCACAUGACUCAAUUGAUCAUAAUCAUUUUCAAUCUCAUUCAUUCUCUCAAGUGGAUCAGAAGGCUUUGCAUCUGGGGGGGCAACAAAAUCAAGUGCAACAUCUACCAGGGUCUCCAAGUAAUUUUCUUGCUAAAAAUCAUGCUCAGCCAAGUUUAUCAAGCUCAAUAACAUCCCUCUCAGAUGUUUCUCAACAACUUGAUGGUUUAAUUAAUGCUGCUAAUCGGUUGAGUUCAAGGGAUCAUCUUCCUUUGACACAGCAAUCACAACAUAAUCUAUCCAAAUGGCAGACAGAAAAUCAGCCUCAGCCUGCCAAGCCUCAACCGCCCCUUCAGAGUGUAACCCAGUCUCAGACCGAGAAGCCACCACUUCUGCCUCUGGCAAUUGGAGCUCAUUGGAGUGGAAAAGACUCUGGGAUGAGCUACUCAAAUAAUGCUGCUGUUGAUGUUUCAACACCGCCUACCACGAGUAGUUUGCUGACUGCUAUUAUGAAUGGUGGUUUAUUCCCAAAGAAUUCAGUAAGUGGCUUCCAAAAGGCAAGUAUACAGCCUCCUUUACCUAUUGGGCCUCCUCCUGUUCAAGCUUUGACAUCAACUGCUCCUUCAGAUACUCCAUCAUUGUUAGCUCCUAUUUCCCUUGGUAAUAUACCAGAUGUGAAGUCAACCACCCAUUUUGGAGAUGUGAUGCCUCCCCUGCCACUUGGGCCUCCACCUUCAUCAUCCUUGGUUGGUGUGAACUCCGAGAACUCCAAGACAUCUGAUCCCAACGUGAACUCACUUUCAAGUCUUUUGAGUUCCUUGGUUGCAAAAGGUUUAAUAGCCUCAUCAUCAACUGAGUUGCCAACUGUAUCUGCAGCUCAGUCAUCUAAUAAGGUCCCAGAUCAGUCCAGUGUCUUUGCUAGCAAAAGUUUGGAGCAAAUUCCUCCGAUCUUAACUACCUCAAGCACUCCUCCAACUUUGGCAGAAGAGCCUGCUGCUUCAAAAUCAGUUGAAAGUGGCAUGCUAUCGCUAUCCAAUGCAGCUGAACCAAAGGAUAUAGGCAUUGAGUUCAAAUCAGAAAUUUUACGUGGAUUUCAUCCUUCAGUCAUCAGAAGUCUGCUAGAUGAUCUAGUGCAUCAGUGCCACAUAUGCGGUCUAAGACUUAGACUACAAGAGCAGCUUCAAUGUCAUUUAGAUUGGCAUGUCUCACAGAAGUCUGUGAUAAGUAAUUUUAACCCGAAGUCUAGAAAAUGGUUUUCAAAUAGGACAAAUUGGCUCGAUGGUAGCAUGAGACCAGAAUCUCGUCAUUUAGAGGCAGCAAUUUUUUUGGAGGAAGUUGUCCCAAUUAAAGAGAAAUCUGAACCAAUGGUUCCUGCAGAUGAGAGCCAAAGUAUAUGUGCACUAUGUGGAGAACCAUUUGAGGAUAUAUACUCUGAAGCAACGGAUGAAUGGAUGUACAAAGGGACUGUAUAUUUGAAUCUACCAAGCAAACAAGAUGAUGCAAACAAUAUGGAUGGCACUGCUGGUAAGUCUCUUAUUGUACAUGCACAGUGCACAAUACAAAGGUCUGCUGAUGAUACAGAUAUUGUGGAGCAUGAUAAAGUGGACCAACCAUGUGCACCGAGGCAACCUAAUUUGAAUUCAGGGUGAUCAUGAUUGGUUCUGUUGCUCCCUGUUCUGGUACAAAUGCAUAGUUCUCAAUGGAAAGUAUUUACCAGCUUUGCACUGCACUUCAAGUCACCGGAACCAGAUUGGCUUACUUGAGGUUUGUUGUGGCACUUGCAUGUACUUAUGUGCAUGCCACCUUACCUGUUGUUUUUUGUGCUUGAAAAUUAGAAAUUGAUAUUUUUCUCAUUUGUCUUUUUCUUUUCAUCUCACCAUAUAUAUGUUUUCCAAAGAAAUGGAUAAAAGAAGUGUGUUUUGAUCUUUCCCUGCUCUUGGUGUCUCUAUGGUGUAUCUCUCUAUUAAUCUCCUUGAAGUGGCUCUUGUUUUUCAUUCAGUGUCAGGUCUGAACUUACAGUCAACUGCAGAAAGAUGUCUAGAUUACUUUCAUCAGGCUCAUUGGCAACUUAACUCGUCCAAUGAUAUUGUACACGUUGGCUGACCAUGCUGGCGACCUUCAACUUUUGAGCAUUGUGGUUACUUUUACUCGUACUGCAUGAACUGUACGUUACAUUAUUGUUUCAAGGAUGCAGCAUGACAUCUGUUAUCUCUGUCCUUAAAGAUUUAUUUUGGUGAA